UUGGGAAAUAGGAACUUUGAAUGAAGAGGCGGGAUAGCCAGGUGGAGUAUAUAGUAGAGAGAAGGUGGAGGCCAAUUCCCCACCACCCACAAAACCGCUGGCCCUAAAUUCUCUCCUUCUCUCUCUCUCUCUCUCUCUCUCUCUCUCUCCCUACUUUCGUUAAGCUCUUUGGAAAGAAACAGAAAGCGUCCUCCCCCAAAGAAGAAAAAAAAAAAAUAAGGCAAAAAAAGGAGACACUCUGAGAAAGAAGAAAAUUAGAUCGCAAAUCCUUAUUUUCGUAACUUACAGGGUUUGCAGAUCGGAAAUGACGCAUUAGCCCCUCCCUUUUUUGCUCAACUUUUUUUUUUUUUACCUCUUUUUCUUCUUCCUCCUUUUUUCCUUCAGAUUUGUCGUUCCUCUCGUUUCUUGUUUCUUUAUUUUUGGGUUGAUUGAUUGCCUGUUUGAGGUACGGACGCAGAGAGAUUCUCCCAUUCCGUAUUGUUUUCGUCUCUGAUCUGUGGGAUUCCUUUUGUUUGCCGAGAAAGUUGAGUAUUCUGCCUGGUACUCGGUCUGACUGAUUUCUGGGUUUUGUCAUCAUGGUUGCUACUGCUGCUACUUCGUCAUUUUUUCCUGUCUCUUCGCCAUCUCCCGACUCUGCGGCGAGGAGCACCAAGCUUGGGACUGCAAGUGUAGGAGGCAAAUUGAAAUCUGGUUCAAGUGGUUUGCAGGUCAAGGCAAACGCCCAAGCCCCUCCUAAAAUAAAUGGUACUAAUGUUGGUUUGGCAACUGCCGUGGAAGGUGUGAAGAGUGGGGAAGACAUGCCAUCGCCUCCUGCUCGGACUUUCAUUAACCAGUUACCUGAUUGGAGUAUGCUUCUUGCUGCUAUCACGACAAUAUUCUUGGCUGCUGAGAAGCAGUGGAUGAUGCUUGAUUGGAAACCCAAGCGAGCUGACGUGCUCAUGGACCCAUUUGGUAUAGGAAAAAUUGUUCAGGAUGGUCUUGUGUUCAGGCAGAACUUUUCAAUUCGAUCAUAUGAAAUAGGUGCUGAUCGUACGGCUUCUAUAGAAACGUUGAUGAAUCAUUUACAGGAAACAGCUCUUAAUCAUGUAAAGUGUGCUGGGCUUCUCGGUGAUGGCUUCGGUUCAACGCCAGAGAUGUCUAAGAAGAACCUGAUUUGGGUGGUCACUAAAAUGCAGGUUUUGGUAGAUCGUUAUCCAACUUGGGGUGAUGUUGUUCAAGUUGACACUUGGGUUAGUCAAUCUGGAAAGAAUGGUAUGCGUCGCGAUUGGAUUAUUCGUGAUUGUGGAAGUGGCGACAUUCUAACAAGAGCCUCUAGUGUUUGGGUGAUGAUGAACAAACUGACGAGGAAGUUAUCCAAAAUUCCGGAGGAAGUUCGGAGGGAAAUAGAACCCUAUUUUGUGAAUUGUGCUCCUGUUGUGGAAGAAGAUAGUAGAAAACUAACUAAGCUUGACAAUGAGACCGCAGAUUUUGUUCGUACUGGUUUAUCUCCUAGAUGGAGUGAUUUAGAUAUUAACCAGCAUGUUAACAAUGUGAAGUACAUUGGGUGGAUCCUUGAGAGUGCUCCACUGGCAAUGCUGGAGAGUCAUGAGCUUUCUGCUCUGACUUUGGAGUACAGGAGAGAGUGUGUGAGGGACAGCGUGCUUCAGUCCCUGACUGCAGUUCCGAGUGCUGGCAUUAGCAAUUUAGUAAAUUCUGGAAUUGAAUGCCAGCACUUGCUUCGAUUUGAGGAGGGGGCGGAGAUUGUGAGAGGGAGGACUGAAUGGAGACCAAAGAAGGCCAAAAACAAUGGGAAUGCGGAUCGGCACUCAGCAGAAACCGCAUAGAUGCUCUACUCAGAGAGUUCUUCCAGUAGUCUCCUUACUGUGUGUCCAAUGCUGGUGCAGAAUCCUGCUCAUGUUUUUUGGAUAUUAGUAUGUUUCUUCUCUCUCUCUCUCUCUCUCUAUAUAUAUAUAUAUAUAUUCAUUCAAAAAAUAACAGAAAUCAAUACCAUUGUAAUUAGCCCUUUUUCCUACCGAAGUCCCUCACAUGUGAGCCUGUCUGUAACUCUAAUGUGACAAGACGGCCGAUUUCGCUCCAAGGCCCACUAAGGUUUUUUUAUUUUUUGGAGCUAGGAUAUUUAAAUAUGUCAAACGUAUUCUAUAUAUCCAUUUUAAUUUUAUUU